ACAACAAAAAUCAAAGAGAAAAAACACUGUUACUUCUACUCGGUCUCUUACUCUCUGAAGAUGCCUGGGCUAACCAUUGGAGACAUUAUCCCCAACCUCGAAGCUGAAACCACCCAAGGAAAGAUCAAGCUCCAUGACUACAUCGGGAACAGCUGGGCCAUCGUUUUCUCUCACCCCGGUGAUUUCACGCCGGUCUGCACCACGGAGCUUGCGAAGAUGGCCGAGUACUCCAAGGUGUUCAAGGAGAAAGGAGUCAAGCUGAUCGGUUUGUCCUGCGACGACGUCUCGUCUCAUAACGAGUGGAUCAAGGACAUUGAAGCCUACAGUGCCGGGUGCAAGGUGGACUAUCCGAUCAUCGCCGAUACCAAGAGAGAGAUCAUGAAGCAACUCAACAUGGUGGAUCCCGAAGAGAAAGACUCCUCCGGAAACAGCCUACCUUCCCGCGCUCUCCAUAUAGUCGGCCCUGACAAGAAGGUGGUGUUGAGCUUUCUGUAUCCGUCGACCACUGGCCGGAACAUGGAUGAGGUGGUGAGGGUGUUGGAGUCGCUGCAAAAGGCGAAGCAUCACAAAAUUGCUACUCCGGCGAACUGGAAGCCUGGAGAUGAUGUUGUGAUAUCUCCUACUGUGUCGCAGGAGGAGGCCCAGAAGAUGUUCCCUCAGGGCAACAAGACCAAGGACCUUCCUUCCCAGAAAGGGUACCUGCGCUUUACAAAUGUUUGAACAUGGAGCAAUAUAUACCUAAUUGCGUAUUACUUUUGUUAUCGUUGUGUACGUAGCUUAUGUAUGAAUGUUAAUUAGUAGCUAGCUAGGAUGUGUAUUAUGGUCUUGGUGGUGACCAAUUGCGUAUGUAUUAGUACUGUUUAAUGCGUUAACUAGUACUAUCUGAUCUAUCCCUCUCUACAUGUAUGUAUGCAUAAAUGAGACCUUUUAUUCGUGUACCUUCUUGGCGUUUGUGUAUGCAUGAUUAAUCAGUGUUGG